GUAGCUGAGGAAGAAGCAGGACAUGGAAAAGCAGUGAGGACGGGCUACAUGAAAUGGAAGAUUGGUGAAGAUUGGCUCUUCUGGAACGAGGAAGAAGGGGGACCCAGCAAGAAUUUUUUCGUAUCCACGGCGCCUAAGAACAUCAGAGUGAAUAAAUUAAUGACUAAAUCCGAGAACUUCGUUUUAAGAAUUGAAAAUCUCCCGCCUAAAAGUUGUAGAUGUCGCCUGAAGACUCUCUGUCUCUCUCGCUCGGUAAAUUUCUCUGCAGUCAAAAAUGGCCGGCGUCAGCGACUGGUUCAGCAUCGGGAGUACCGUGGCAUGUAAAACGUGUUACAACAAGGAAAUCGAAGGCGAAGUACUAGCAUUCGAUCCACAGACAAAAAUGCUCAUCCUGAAAUGCCCGUCGUCGAGUGGAAGAGCGACGGUCAGCGAUGUGCACAUAGUAAAUUUAUCGAAGGUGUCGGAUGUGCAGGUGAAACGAGAAGUGAGUCCGACGAUGAGUGAACCACCACAAAGUUUGAAUUUAACUAGGCUAAAUACGCGAGUGCGCAAUCAGAUUGAGGAGAAGAAGAGGAUGGUGAAGGCUCUGCAGGCCGGAGUGUCGCCCGACGGGCAGAAGCUCUACAUAGCAAUUGCAAAAACCAUUAAUGAUAUUACGUGGAACGGACAAAAUAUUGUUGUUUUCAACACCGUCACCAUCAUACCGCCAUACAAAGUCGACAAUGUUCAUAGCAAAGUUGACGAUCAAGCCUACAUCCACGUCAAAAAAGUAGUCGAAAAACACAUGAAGGAUCAGGCGGCGGCGGAGACACAACAACCGGAACAACAGGAACAACAACAGGCACAAAAAGGCGGCAACGCUCAAUAAAAAGCGGAUACUCGCUGAAAGGGAGAAAAAAGGCUGGCACUUUUCAGCGAAUUGAAUUUCGUCGAGCGCGAGAGGACACAAAGAGAAUUAUAAAAGAAACGCGAAAAAAAAACCAACAACAACAAACUCAACUUUACAGUCUAACGAGGGGAAUUAGUGUGAUCGAUUCUACAUUGCAUUUUUGGAAGAGUCUCAUCGAUCGAGGCUAAAAAAAAAAUAAUAAAAUAAAACGGGUGGGUAAAUAACGAAAUAGGUCAAAGAAGUAAAAAUAAAAUCGGGAAAUACAUUGAAGGGUUUGAGGAGAAAAAAAGGAUUAGUUAGAGAAAAAAAGCGAUCAAGAAGGUUAUUUAUAAUAUUUUGGAUUCUAUUCAUCCAAUUUUGGAUUCUAAUUAUCCAUUUUUGGAUUCUAAUUGUCCAUUUUUGCAAUAAUAACUAAUCCGAAAACGCUUAGCUGCCAGCCAGAAAUUAGCCAGGGGCUUCGAUAUAGGAAAUUAAAUUUAAAAAAAAAAGAAAGAAAAUUUAAAAAAAAACACUAGAAUGUUUUGACAUUCGGAUUUUUUUUUAGUGAUUGCAAGUAGAGACACCUGUGGUGUUUUUGCUAGUUUUUAGUUGUACAAAAUUGUGCAUUGUUACGAAAGUAGUUUAUUAAAAGGUGAAGAUUCGCGAGCUGCGGCAAAGUGUUUAUAAAUAUUUAAGAAUCCGUAUGAAACGGUUUUGAAUUCUGGAAGGAGUGAAUUCUUUCCUGAAUUUUAUUUUCGUUCUAGAAAAUCCGAAAUUCUAGAAAAUCUCUGCUCAAAUAUUGUAUCUUUUUUGCAAAAAAAAAAAAAAAAAGAAUCCUCGGUUUU